CCUUACUAUUUUCCGUAGGUGGAAUACAUGUUGGUAUCUUUUGAUCAUGAAAAUAAGAAGGUCCAGUUGGUCCUGAAUGGAGAAGAUGUUCUUGAAACUCUACAAGAAAAGGGAGAGAGGACAAAUCCAAACCAUCCUACCCUUUGGAGACCAGAGUACGGGAGUUACAUGAUCGAAGGGACGCCUGGACAGCCCUACGGAGGGACGAUGUCCGAGUUCAACACCGUGGAGGACAACAUGCGGAAGCGCCGUGAGGAGGCGACUUCGGUGCUGGAGGAGAACCAGGCCCUGUGCACAAUAACUUCAUUUCCCAGAUUAGGCUGUCCUGGGUUCACACUGCCUGUGUAUAAACCCAACCCAGUCGAAGGAGGAGCUUCAAAGUCCCUGUUCUUCCCAGAUGAAGCAAUAAACAAGCACCCCCGCUUCAGUACCCUGACAAGAAAUAUCCGGCACAGGAGAGGGGAGAAAGUCGUCAUCAACGUACCAAUAUUCAAGGACAAGAACACACCGGCUCCCUUCAUAGAAACGUUUGAGGAUGAUGAGGCAGCCAGGGCUGCUAAGCCAGACCACAUUUACAUGGACGCCAUGGGAUUCGGGAUGGGCAACUGCUGCCUUCAGGUGACAUUCCAAGCCUGCAGCAUAUCUGAGGCCAGUUACCUUUACGAUCAGCUGGCCACUAUCUGUCCAAUUGUUAUGGCGUUGAGCGCUGCGUCUCCUUUCUACCGAGGCUACGUGUCCGACAUCGACUGUCGCUGGGGAGUGAUCUCUGCAUCCGUGGAUGACAGAACUCGGGAAGAGAGAGGACUGGAGCCGCUGAAGAGCAGUAGCUAUCGCAUCAGUAAGUCCCGGUACGACUCCAUAGACAGCUACUUAUCGAAGUGCGGUGAGAAGUACAACGACAUCGACCUGACCAUAGACAGAGGGAUCUAUGAGCAGCUGGUGCAGAAUGGCAUCGAUCACCUUCUGGCCCAGCACGUGGCUCACCUCUUCAUCAGAGACCCCCUGACCCUGUUCCAGGAGAAGAUCGACCUGGAUGACGCCAACGAGUCUGACCAUUUCGAGAAUAUUCAGUCCACAAAUUGGCAGACCAUGAGAUUUAAGCCCCCGCCCCCAAACUCCGACAUCGGCUGGAGAGUGGAAUUCCGCCCCAUGGAGGUGCAGUUGACUGACUUCGAGAACUCCGCCUAUGUGGUGUUCGUGGUGCUGCUCACGAGGGUGAUCCUCUCGUACAAGCUGGAUUUCCUCAUCCCUCUCUCCAAGGUUGAUGAAAACAUGAAGGUGGCGCAGAAGCGAGAUGCGGUCCUGCAGGGAAUGUUUUAUUUCAGGAAAGACAUUUGCAAAGGUGGCAGUGCAGUGGUGGACGGGUGUGGCAAGGUGCCCGGCGGCGGCGGCGGCUGUGGCGGUUCAGAGCCGGCCUUGGAGGAGUACACGCUCAUGAGCAUAGACACCAUCAUCAACGGGAAGGAGGGUGUUUUUCCUGGACUCAUCCCCAUCCUGAACUCCUACCUGGAAAACAUGGAGGUGGAUGUGGACACCAGAUGCAGUAUUAUGAACUACCUGAAGCUAAUUAAGAAGAGGGCGUCUGGAGAACUAAUGACAGUUGCGAGGUGGAUGAGAGAAUUUAUUGCAAACCACCCUGACUACAAGCAAGACAGUGUAAUAACUGAUGAAAUGAACUACAGCCUUAUUCUGAAGUGUAACCAAAUUGCAAAUGAAUUAUGUGAAUGCCCAGAAUUACUAGGAUCAGGAUCAGCAUUUAGGAGAGUAAGGUACAGUGGAAGUAAAACCGACUCUUCCAGCUAGACGUGCCGCAGGGAGGUUCUGCAGAAGGAUGUACGACCAAUCAGUGAAGAGCGUCUGCAGGACUGACCAGCCUGUGCCGAAGGUGUGGAGACCAAACGCUAGCCUGCAGUGUUGCCCAGGCCAGGAGGCUAGAGUGAGCUACAGGCUUCCUUCAGUAGGUGAUCUAGAGUUUAUACAGUGUACAUGUAUAUAGUAAAGUAUUUUUAUGAUUAACAAUGUAUUUUAAUAUAAUAUCUCAAGUCAUCGUGAGCUGGCUUAUACAUUUUUUAAUUCUUAACUCUGGAACAACUACUGUCUAAGCAGUUUUGUAAAUGUAAUGUACUAGUAAUUGUACAAUACCGGCAUUCCAGAGUUUAAAAUGUUUACUGUAAAUGUUUGUUCCUUUAAAGACUACCUGGGACCUGAUUCACUGGAAUUUAUCACUUUACUUUAAAAAUGUGUCUUGUUAACUUUCUUUGAGUCUUCGUUGUGGACAUUGAACCACUGGAAUCCAUGACAGCUCUUCUUCGAGGGCAGUCUUGGAUCCCCAGCACCUUGUCUCUGAUGCUUCUUUUGCAAUUAAGAGUAGCUGGCCGCUUGGUCACCUUGCCCCAACGUUCAUCAUUAAAUGAAACCCACCCUCUAAUAGCUCUGAUUCAAAUAAAUUUGCUGAUUCAGUCAUUAAACUUAAAGGUAACUCUCUAGGAGGAAAGGAAGCUGUUACCCAGAGUUGUGUGUGAAGAUGACUGGGUGUCUGUCUUGCUUCCUCCAAGAAAAGGGAGGAGUUAACCCUUCGUCCUACACAUGCCGAGAGUGCUGUCAAAACAUCAUGAACCCUUCUGUUCGGCCUGUUACUCUGAUUGCUACUGUGUAUUAAAUUCUCAAAUCCAAUGCAUUUGCUGAGGUUUUAUUUGUUACUCAUCCUGUAGUUUCUAAAAGCCUUCACUCCAGACUUUACCUGGGGACUGUUUUACAUACUGCCCUACCUUCUCUUCAAAACUCGUAAAUAAAUCAUGAGAUGCUGAGUUGUGUGAA